AUGGGUAUCGAUCUCCGUUACCACCACGUCAGAAAGGGAAACCGAUCCGCUCCCAAGUCAGAGGAUCCUUAUCUCCUCUUACUUGUCAAGCUUUACAGAUUCUUGGCCCGAAGGACUGACUCCAAGUUUAACCGAGUCAUCCUCAAGAGACUGUUUAUGAGCAAGAUCAACCGACCCCCUAUUUCCCUCUCCCGAAUUGUCAAAGAGACCAAAAACUCCAACCCCGACAACUCCAAGACCAUUGUUACCGUCGGUACCAUCCUUGAUGAUGAACGACUUCCAGAGGUCCCAAAACUCACCAUCGCCGCCCUUAAAUUCUCCACCGCUGCCAGAGAGCGAAUCGUAGCUGCUGGUGGUGAGGCUAUCACCCUCGACCAACUCGCUACCCGAGCUCCUACCGGUUCAAACACUGUCCUCCUCAGAGGAAAGAGAAACGUCCGAGAAGCCGUUAAACACUUUGGUGGACCCCUCAAAGGUGGUAAACCUUUCGUCGCAAGCAAGGGAAGGAAGUUUGAGCAAGGUCGAGGUAGAAGAAAGUCCCGAGGUUUCAAGAUCAAGUCUACCCACAAAUAA